AUGGCUGCCACCCGUGAUGGUUACGCCGGCCAGGCUGGUACGGCGGCGGCUGACGAUGGCUACGUUUCACCGACAGAGGCUCCUCCAGCGUUAUACGUUCGAGCUCUGUACAAGUACACCUCUGACGACCAUACCAGUCUCAGCUUCGAGCAAGGCGAUAUCAUUCAGGUCUUGAACCAGCUGGAGACAGGCUGGUGGGACGGCGUUAUUGGAGACAUUCGUGGCUGGUUCCCAAGCAACUAUUGCGCCGUCGUUCCAGGGCCUGAUGUGCACAACGAUCAUGCCGGCGACGCCAGUGCUGAAUCCGGCGCUGAUGACGACUACGAAGAUGACCUAGAUGGCAUUGAUAACAACCUACGAGACGAAGAUGGCUCUAUGCUACCCAUAGAAGGCGCGGGAGAAGGCGAACCCGAGGAGGCGGCCUUCUGGAUCCCACAAGCUACCGCUGACGGGCGUCUGUUCUACUACAACACCUUGACCGGCUACAGCACGAUGGAGCUGCCGCUAGAAACACCUACUUCGGUGAACGAGUCUGGUCCUCGCGACCGCACAAACAUUUACGUACCUGAGCACACGCGGCCUCCACCGGAGAUGAUGGCCCGUGGUAUCGAUCGCUAUGAAGAUGACUAUGAUGGCUCUGCGUCAGAGGCUGAAGGUGACUCCCUCUUAAUGGCAUCGCGGCGACGACUAUCGUUCAUUUCUGAUGGCGUCUCUCCUGCAACAUCCUUAGGUUCCGUCAAUCCCUCGCCCAUCACCAAGCAGUAUGACCUCAAGUCCACAUAUCCAUCACACUUUGGAGGGCCUGGAGUCGCAAAUGGAGGUAUGGACCCCAUACCAAUCAUGGGUACUCCCAUGUCUGCACACUCGGCUAUCGACCAGUCUCUUCCCUUCGCCAUGUCUUCCUCCAUACCGCGCUAUUUCCUUGACGAUUCGAUGGCUCCUCAUCCAUCCUGGAACACGCUCGUCGGUAACAUGCGAAAUGCCAUUGAAGCAUAUCGACAGGCCAUUAUUGACGGCCAGCGCUCCGAGUACGUGCGAAGGGCAGAGGAUGUGUCCGAUCAUCUACGAAUGCUCCUGGCAGCUGGCUCUGAUACUACCGAUAACCACUCGGGAAACCCCUCGAUCAUCUCAACCAAUAAAGCACUCUACCCUCACUUCCGCGACAUGAUGUCCAAAUUCUCCAAACUCGUGCUCUCCUCACAUAUCGCGGCAGCCGACUGGCCUGGCCCAGACUCUGCGACCAAGUGUCUCCACGAAGCAGAGGGCGUUUUACAAGGUGUCUACGGCUACGUUGAGGUUGCCAAGCAGCAACGAGGAGACGACAUUCGUCGUUUGACUCCCGGAUUUGUCGCCGGUAGCACAUCCGGCGGCCACUGGCAGAACAACAACCUCACACGACGAGACCCGACUUCAUUCUUGGAACACGAAUCCGAAUCACACCGCAGCCCGUCCAUCUCGCUUGACUCAAAGCUUCUAGAGCGAAUCGAAGACCUUCGCAAGAUGCUAGCUGUCAGCUCUCGGCGACUAGAAGAGCAGCUUUCCUCCUUCAAGGGCAAAAUCGUCACGCCAAAAAGCCAUGCCGAGAUCGGCGACGCAAUAUGUGAUGCUGGCGUGCCGAUAGUUGAAAACUUUCGACCAUGGGUGGCGUUAAUCGAGUCCAUAGAUCUAUCACACUUUGGUUCUGAUCUACAGAACCCGCAACUGGCCGAUUUCAGCGUCCAGAAGCAGCGUGUGUACGACGGCAUCUCGGACCUAGUGAUGAGCUGCCAGAACAUUUCGGCGCCUCUGGGCGACGAGUGGGCUGAGAUCCGAGGUGAUUCGCUCGAGUCUCGCCUGAAUAACACCCGCAUGGUGUCGAGGCAGCUUUCCAAUUAUAUGUCGCAGAUUGGGUUCUCCUUGGCCCUACUACUGGAACAGUCUCCGCAGGAAGUCCAGCUCGGCCCGAUUUCCAAUGGAGAUGGAUACAAGGGCCCCAAAGUGCGCAAGAGCCCGCCAUCAUCGAUUGGAAUACCAUCGAGCUAUGGCGUGGGUGAUGAUUUGGAUAAGCCACCCCGCUCCUUGGAUAAGGCACAACGAUUCUUCGGCCAGCCAGUGCCGAGAGAGCCUACGUCCGCUCGAGAACCAGAGGAAACUCCAUGGUUCUUGAAACUAGAUCAUGAGGCGGAGGUGUUUUACGAUAUGAAGGGAGACACUCAGCAUCUCAAGUGUGGCACGCUGGCCGGCCUCGUUGAGCAGCUUACGCGACAUGAUAAGCUCGACCCGUCUUUCAAGGAUACCUUCCUCCUCACUUAUAGAUCGUUCACGACUGCCUCGGAGUUGUUUGAGAUGGUGGUUCAUCGAUUUACACUACAGCCUCCGUAUGGCUUGACAAAGGCGGAACUACAGAUCUGGACUGAACAGAAACAGAUCCCUAUCCGGAUCCGUGUCGUGAACAUCCUUAAGAGUUGGUUUGAGAAUUUCUGGAUGGAACCCAACGACGAGGCAAACACACGUUUACUUGGCCGUAUUCAUUCUUUCGUCACUGAGGCAGUUGCUUCGACCAAGACGCCCGGCGCGCAACAGCUAGUCAGCCUGAUCGAGCAACGCCUGCGCGGACAAGACACUACAGCAAAACGCUUGGUGCCUACCGUGAGCACCAAUGCGCCAACACCCAUCACGCCCAAGAACAUGAAGAAGAUCAAGUUCCUGGACAUCGACCCUACGGAAUUUGCGCGACAGCUAACGAUCAUCGAGUCUCGUCUUUAUGCCAAGAUCAAGCCUACAGAGUGUCUGAAUAAGACAUGGCAGCGGAAGACCAUACCCGGCGAGCCUGAACCGGCAAUCAACGUGAAGACGCUAAUUCUACAUUCUAACCAGCUCACUAACUGGGUUGCGGAGAUGAUCUUGACACAGUCAGAUGUCAGGAGACGAGUUGUCGUUAUUAAACACUUUGUCUCUGUCGCUGAAAAAUGUCGACAGUUGAACAACUACUCGACUUUGACAUCCAUCAUCUCUGCGCUCGGAACUGCGCCGAUCCAUCGACUAGCUCGUACAUGGGCGCAAGUUAGCCAGAAGACGGUAGCAACGCUCGAGCAGAUCCGCAAACUCAUGGCCAGCACGAAGAAUUUCGGUGAAUACCGCGAGACCCUGCACCUGGCCAACCCCCCCUGCAUUCCCUUCUUCGGCGUCUACCUGACGGAUCUCACCUUCAUCGAGGACGGAAUCCCAUCCCUCACGCAAUCUGACCUGAUCAACUUCAACAAGCGAACCAAGACGGCGGAGGUCAUCCGCGACAUCCAGCAGUAUCAGAAUGCGCCUUACCAGUUGAUUCCUGUGCCCGAGCUGCAGGAUUACGUACUCAACAACAUGCAAGCGGCUGGCGACGUGCACGAGAUGUACGAUCGCAGCCUAGAAAUCGAGCCCCGAGAAAGGGAGGACGAGAAAAUCGCAAGGUAUGGUAAACACUACUACGACCCGUCGGUCGUUGCACUCUCCCUAACGGUUGGCAUACAUUGA